AUGGGCCUCCUCCAGUGGCUCAACCUCCGCCGCCCAAGCAAAUGGGAGGCACCCACCCUCCUUGACCACCUUCUCUCCUCUCCACUACACUUUGUCAUCACAUGCGUCUACCAGCUAAUACUCCUUCUCCGCGGCAAGCCCUUCAGACCGCCCAGCGACAAACCACCCAUCCGGGUCGUCUGUCUGUCUGAUACCCAUGACCAAAUUGUGCACAAUGUCCCGGACGGCGAUCUUUUGAUCCAUGCUGGAGACCUGACCAACUCCGGCUCGGCCGACGACAUUCAGAAGCAGAUCGACUGGCUAGCCUCCCUGCCCCACCGCCACAAGGUUGUCAUCGCAGGCAAUCAUGACAGCUGGUGCGAUGUCCGGGCACGGCUGGCCCAGGACAAGAAGGAGGCAAGAAGGGUCGAUUUCAGAGGCCUGCAUUACCUCCAGGACGGCUCCGUCACCCUGGAGUUCCACAAUGGGAGGAGAUUGAAGGUGUAUGGUGCCGCCGACAUCCCAAUGUGUGGAGGCGACGACUUUGCCUUCCAGUAUCCCGCCGAUAAAAGCCCAUGGAGAGGUAGGGUUCCCAUCGAGACAGACAUCUUGGUUACCCAUACGCCACCACGCUUUCAUCGGGACCUGGGUCUAGGCUGCCCGGGACUGCUGAAGGAGUUGUGGAGGGUAAAGCCUAGGCUGCACGUCUUUGGUCACGUCCACUGCGGCCGUGGCCAGGAGAGCCUUUACUUUGACGAGUGUCAGAAGGCUUAUGAGAUGCUAAUGUCACGCCGUAUACGGGGGCCACUUUUUGACAUGAUACCCAGCAGCAGCUGGGUCGAUGCUCUCAAGGUCAUGUAUUACGGUGUGAAUGCCGUUGCGUUCAAGUAUCUCAUGCUUGGUCCUGGCUCGAACAACGCGAGCCUCAUGGUUAACGCUGGCUGCAUGCAAGGAAAUACGGGCAAAUUAUGUAAGAGCCCGGCCCAGAUCGUGGAACUAUGA